GGACGCAGGCUGCCCGCACCGCCAACCAAAGGAACAGAAUCGGCAAAAUGCCACCGGACAAAGAGCAGGAAAAAGGGACGAAAUCGACCCCACCCCACCCCCUCGUAACCGAGCAAAGCGAGCAUGCCCAAUCGCCCCCACCAUCCAAAAAACCGAGAAUGACAGCUGCAGCGCAUACGUCAUCGGAUUGUGCGUACAAUAUUUUCCCUUCCUUCUUCCUGCUCCCUCCCUUCGCGAUUGGUAGUCUCGGUACCGGCGGUGGUUGGUGGCUAAUGAGAGGGAGGAGGCUGGUAUGAUAGUAAUGUCUCGACUGAACUCCUUUCUCCCAGCAAUGGAAGCCGCAAACAAAAACCUCCAGGUAGAGAUUGAAGAUGGAACGGCCGGGAAGCGGAAUAUUGAAGUGCUGGAUGAGGAGGGGGAGGGGUAUAUUGAGAUGGUGAGUGAGCAAGAGAGUGUCCGGACCAUGUGGCUGACAGAAGAUGGGUCGACAGAAUCUGGGAUUGGGCGUUUUGGAGGAGAAGAGGGACGAGGAUGUGUCCGGCACUAGUGAGAGCGAGGGUGAGGAAGGUAAAGCGGCGAGGGAUGGUGAGGAGGACCACGAUGUACUGUUGAGAUUGCUCAACUCCAGUAGAAGACAUGGAAAAGGGCCCCGUGGAAAGCCGUAUAUUGAGGUUGUUGAGCAUUCUGAAGAUACGCCUGGGCCCGAGAAGGAGAGGGGUCAUCAUGCGGGUACUGAAAGAAAGUGAUUCGGAAUGGGGCUGUUCCAUGAGGUGAUCGCUUGGAAAUGAUCGCUUGGGAAGGAUAAUAAUCAUACAAACAUUCCCAGCUCUUGUUAUUAUAAUUUGAACUAUUCUAAUUUAACUCACCACGCUUCACUGCAACAUACUCGGGGAUCCCCCAUACCGCAUUGCAAGAACUGCUGUAGAUAUCGACGAUCCGAGUAAGAGGAAAGUGGUGUGCAAGAGGGAGGGAUACAUAGCGAAUACCCAUUUCGUCGCGCUUCGCUCCACCAGGGUUUGGAGUGCCGGCACAGUGCAUACCAUGCAGUACGUGGACGGACGAGCUAUCCAUGUCCAAAGAGCACCAGGAGGGGGGCGGGGAGAAAACGGUAAAAGAAGAGGGGCCGGAAGAAGUAGUUUAUACCAUGUCCAUUAAAUUGCGAUGAAAUCUCACCGUCCAGCCUCCGAGGAGACUCGUACAGUAGAAUACAGGUCCAACGUAUGGAGAACGAACAAAGGUACAAGAAUUUUUUUUAAAAAAAUAAAAAGAAGCAAAACACCGUCCCAAGCCCAUCCCGUGUAUCCCAAUCCAUCCACCCGUCCAUGAAAUCCCAUUAUGAUGACGAUAAGAUUGUGAAGAGCAUAUUACAGUACUCGUCCAUACCCGCACGCGAGUAGUAGCCCCCGACCGGAGUCUGUAGAGAAAAAGAGGGAAUGAUAAAGAGAGAGGGGAAGGGCAGACAAGAGAAAAGAGGGAAAGGAAUAACAAGGGAAACAUUUAUUGGAAGAGAUGAUGGGGAAUGGGGAAACCCAGAUCAACUGCGCCAAUUGAAAGGACAAGAAAUGAAACCCGAUAAUGACGACGUAAGAGGAAACAAAGCGGGAAGGGGAUUUUUUGGGGAACAAACAGACAAAGAACGGGGAGCAUAAAAAAAAGAAAAAAAGGUAGCCCGUAGGCACGAGGAAAGAGGAUGAGUUGAUACAGCUUGCU